UUAGACUGCUUAUUUGGCCCUGUCUCUGCGUCUAAAAGUGGACUCACAGCGUGCAACAGUACAGACCUGUUUCCUUCCACUCAGUCUCUUUGGGAAGUCCUGAGCACAUCCAUGCCGCAAAGCACUAAGGUAAUAUAUCUUAUCAUAAAUAUAAUAAAAAAUGUCUCGUACACGUUUGAACAGGGCAGUGAAAUCAGUUUACUCAUACUUUGAACAUUGUGUUUAUUUCCUUUCAUGCGCUGUAGCCAACUAUCCACAACACAUUCUGUGAACACGUAGACACAUGCUUCUUACUUUGUUGUGUUAAUUCAUCAAACUGCUCUGGGAUCAGUAUCAGUUUUACAAAAAGCAGUUUCUUCGCUGUAUGUCCUCUACGAGCAGUUACACAUGAUUCAGACAUGUUACCAUUUGAAAUGGGAGUUGAUCCCAGGAUAAGUUAUUCAGUUAGAGAUGUUAAUAGGCCUACUAACACUGUAAAGUAUCCUUAUCCCAUAGCCUACAUUACACUGAACUUACAUAACUGCAGCUGUAGGUUUACUGGCUGUAGUCACAUUUAAAUGUAAGAUUUUUGACAGGCUACAUGAUAAAAUAUAUUAGUUGUUAACUAAUACUAUAAAAAAAGGUGUUAAAAUCUGUGUGACUCUUGUUUGUUUUUCAUGUGGUGCAGUCAAGCUUUAAUUUGUUAGACUGAUGAUUAGACCAGCAAACAAGGUUUUGAUUAGACUUUAAUCAGAGUAAUGAAGUCAGUCAUCAUUUCACAGAGAGUUAAUUACAUCAGCAGCAGCUCGGUGCGCGCAGGUGUCACUGAAGCCUCUGCAUGUGACCUCUGGCAUUAAACUUUCGCACUAUUGUUUCACACAAAGAGCAUUUCCACUUUCCAGCACCAUGUUCUGGGCCACAUACCAGCAAUACCUCUGCAGUAUGAAUGGUGACAGCAGUCAGCAGGCUCGUUCACACUUCCAGCGUUUUCACCGCUCGUCCUGCGCUUCUGUGGCAACUUUGUCAUUCACGAUCGGGCUUUAUGCUGGAGUGUUCAGGAAUAUAACGCGCGUUGUGGGUCGAUAAGUGUGUGUUUAUGUGUGUGUGUGUGUGUGCAUCUGUAUGACUCCCACUGUGAGUGUAAUUCCUCAGGUAGUUGGACAGCUGAAGCGUCUUUACGCGCAAACUCUCCUCCAUCCAAAGGCAGCAAUCGGAAUACUCCCAAGUCAAAGACUGUGCGGUUUGUGAUGAUGGCAGAGGAAAGCUUCAACGAUUCGUUCCCAGAGCUGAGAGAGGUGGAAACGAAGCUUGGGAGGAAAACGCCGGAGAGCCUUCUGAGUUGGAUGAAGGAUGCUGCGGACUGCGGAGACAGUUGGAGGUCUGAUGUGGUCGACAGGGGAGAACACAGCUCUGCCCUCAGCGGCAGCUUUUCUGACAAAAUCAGCAGCUUAAAACAGGAGCUGAGGUGGCUGCGUUCUGCCGAUGUGAAGAUUCUGCGCCAGCUGGUGGCCGUGCACGAGGGUAUCGAGGCCAUGCGUUGGCUGAUGGAGGAGCGAGGAGCUAUGGUCAGCCGAGGCAGCAGCUUGACGGGCAGCCUGAGCAGCCUGGUCACUGUGGAGGAGCACGGGCUCUCAGUGACCCCCAGGAGGGAAAGCCCGAGUCCACCCUUCCCUCAGGAUUUGACUGAAACCACUGGGGAGGAAUCAGCACAUCAACAAUCACCACACACUGAUGAUACUGAUUCAAACCACAAGAGCUACUUUGACGUGUUGAGCCCAGAGUCUUCUGACGCAAGACCUCCCAGUCCUUUCAGCUCCAUGUUUGAAGUCAGUCGUUCCACUCAUUUGGCAUCGUCCAGUCCUGCCAAAGGUUUGGUCAGUGCCAGUUCGCACAAGUCACAACCACAGGACUUGGAAGCAGGUCAAUUACAAGACAUUAAAGGUGGGACCAUCAGAAGAGCUCUGCUAAGAUCUAGCAGGGCAAGAAAAGAAGUGAAAGUGGAUACUGGUAGUUUUACUGUCACCCAGGAGCCGGGGGACAGGCAGACAGUGCACAGUCUGCUGCAGGAGAGUUUCAUAGCUUCUAAGAACAAUACAGUGGAAAAGGAAGAGAGUGCACCUAAUAGAGAGGAGGUCUUGCUGGGUUAUGAUGCUCAGUGGUGCUGGGUGGAGUCACAGGAUGACGUGACAUUUUUAUGAUCUUCUGUAAGCACAACUAAAGCUGCUACACCUCAGCAGUUACUGUAACUGCCAGUAAUGCAGUGGAAUUUAAAAUGCACUUUGACCCUCAGUGUGUCUCAUUAGAAUGAUUUUGUUUAGAAUGUACACUGUUUAUGUUUUUUCAUUAUCAAUGUGUAUUUUAUGAGCUCCAAAGCGCCAAAAUUACAGAAUAUGCGAUGAAAUUACAAAUAUUAUGAUAUUCUUUAGAAGUGAUGCACUAGGUAUUUGAUUUUAGUAUGAUACACACAGGAAGCUGAUUAAGAACUUUGUCUUCUUUGUUAUUUAAGGGGGAAAAAAAGCGAUUAUUGAUAAGACAAGUACAGUAGUCAGUUAUUUUUUGUAUGCUUGUUUUCUCAUAUAUUGUCCAGUCUUGAAAUCUUUCACACUUGGGUUCAUAUAUGGUUAGAGGCACAAGACAAAAAGAUACAGGGAGGAUUUUUAAGAUGUCACUGUUCUGCUUAAAUUGUUAUGCAAUGCUGAGCCUAAUAUUAUCUUUUGGUUAUAAACAAUGCAAAAAUGUCUUUGUUGGUGUUCUUGCUUGUUUCUCAACCCAAACAACUAAAAAAGUGUGAAUGCGUUGAAUGAAUGUGUGCAUGUAAAGGAAAUGUCCUUACAUUGGUGGUGGUGAUAUGAGUCCUACAGUUAACACGUUCAGUUAAA